AUGGUUUUAGCAGAUGUCCUCAAACGAUGGCAGCAAAUCAGCGGCAAAGAGGCCUACCUCGUUACAGGCACCGAUGAACAUGGCAUGAAGAUCCAACAAGCAGCUCUGAAAGAAGGAAUGCCACCGAAAGAAUUUUGCGACAACAACUCCAACAAGUUCAAAGAUCUCGCCGAACAUGCCAACAUCUCGCACGAUUUCUUUAUCCGAACCACCGAUCAAGAACAUAAAGAUGUUGUACAGCAGUUUUGGCUUCUUCUCAAGGCUCGUGCACCUGAAGGGUUGGGUCUAUACAAGGGAAAGCAUGAGGGAUGGUACUGUGUCAGUGAUGAGUGCUUCUAUCCUGAAGACCUUGUCCAGUCAAGCGUUUCUCCGCAAACAGGCCGCAAGAUUAUGGUCAGCACUGAGUCAGGCAAUGAGGUCGAAUGGGUUUCGGAAGACACGUGGUUCUUCCCACUGUCCAAGUACAAGGAGAAGUUGCUUCAGUUUUAUGAUGAGAACCCGGAAUGGAUUAAGCCACCUGGUCGUAUGAACGAAGUGCGCAACUGGGUUCAAGAUCAUCUUGAGGAUCUCUCAGUCACUCGCCCUGCAACAAGACUGAACUGGGGAAUCAAGGAUCCCGAAGAUCCAAACAAUACUAUCUAUGUUUGGGUGGAUGCUCUUGUUAAUUAUCUGACCACUUCUGGAUUCGGCACAAAGUGGCAGGUUGGCGAUAAAGACACAGGAAUCUGGCCAGCAGACGUUCACGUCGUCGGCAAAGACAUCAUUCGAUUCCACGCAGUCUACUGGCCUGCUCUUCUUAUGGCUGCAGGUCUUCCCCUACCCAAGAAGAUCGUCUGCCACAACCACUGGACCAUGUCGAACCGCAAAAUGUCAAAAUCUAUCGGAAACGUCGUCAACCCUUUCUUCGCUGUUCAACGCUGGAGUCUCGACGCUUUGCGAUACUUCCUCAUGCGAAAUGGCAGUUUCAGGGGAGACAUGGACUACUCGAACGAAUCUAUCGCUGCUAUCUACGAGAAGGACCUUCAGGCUAACAUUGGUAACUUGUUCAGCCGAAUUUCUCGUGUCAGGAACAGUAAAUGGUGUACGAUUGAGGCAGUUGAAUUCGCAAGGGCUGGUAGAUUCGACAAUCUUAGCGAGGUCUUGCCUACGCAUCCUGGCUAUACAAGUCUCGAGAAGAGUCUGAAGAGCCUACCGGAGGAAAUCCGACAAAGCAUGGAUAACAAUCACGUGAGCCAUGCCUUACGCGGUAUCUUUUCGCUUCUCCGAGACACCAACCGCUACAUUUCAGAAACAGCGCCCUGGAACAUUGUGAAAGAACAGAGAUACGAUUCGACUGCGCAGAUCCGCCUGAACUGGGUCAUUUACCGAUGUGCCGAAGCUCUGCGCAUAGCAGGCAUCUUGCUACAACCCAUCAUGCCCGAGAAAGCUACCCAGCUACUUGAUGGUCUAGGUGUCAAGCCAGAGCGGCGUACCAUCGAGUUUGCUCGCAGUGACACUGAUCUCGCUUAUGGUACAGGACCUGUUCUCGAGAGUAAGCACCCUGAUGCAUUCGCGUCUCUGUUCCCUCCUGUCGCGGGCAUUGAGCUGCCUGAUGCUGAAGUUGUGGCUGGGAUGGAAGGGCCAAAGAAUAGAUUGGGUCCCAUUUCAACAAGUAAAGCCUUGCUCGUUCCAUACGAGGCGCAUCAUGUGAAGCAAUACCACGCAUGGAUGCAAGAUCCUGAUAUCCAACAAGCUACUGCUUCAGAGCCCAUGACUUUAGAUGAGGAAUAUGAGAAUCAGCAAUCAUGGCGCACAUCGUCUGAUAAACUCACCUUCAUCGUCUGCGCACCGCUCACUGAAGAUGUGUCACUCGUGAAAGCUGGAACCGCGGAUGCAGACCCUCUCAUGCGAGGUGAUAUCAACUUCUUUCUAUAUCCCUUUGAAUCGGACGAUGAAGAUUCAGAGGCCAACACAGAAGGCUGGGUCACAGGUGAAGUAGACGUCAUGAUCGCAUCGCCUUCACAUCGCGGCCAAGGUUUAGGACAAGCAGCAGUUUGUGCACUACUCGUUUACAUCCAAAAGCACCUAGACGAAAUACUAGCAGAGUAUGGAGCGAAAGAGCUGAAGGGCUUGAUGGUCAAAAUCAAGGAGGGCAACAAAGGAAGCAGAGCUUUAUUUGAAAAGUUGGGAUUCGUGCAGAAGGGAGAGGUGAAUUACUUUGGAGAGAUUCUCAUGACUAUUGAUUGGGAUGAGGUUUUGAGAAGGGAUUGGUGGAAGGGAGCUGAGGAGGAGUUUAGAGAGGUGAGGUUUGAGAUGGUUGAGUGA